CCUGCAGAGUGCGGUCCUUCCCGUUAGAUGCGCUCAUCGGAGAGAGAGGGAGAGAGAGAGAGAGCGAGGGAGGGAGAAAAAAAAGAAGAGGAGAGGGAUCCGUAAGACUCUCCGAGUUCUGCCAUUUUGUCUGGAUUCCUACUGAUUCAGGAUUGAGAAAACGAAGGAAAAUCUGCGCCGACAAUGAGCUGAUGUUGGCUGGGAUCCAGGCUUAAACAACAAAUUGAAUAUAUAUUUAUUUUUGGUGGGGAAAAAAACUAGUUGCUUGUUUACAAACUCGCUCUAGUUAAACUUCAUAGCCAUCGCGCUUCAGGGCAGUGCUGUCCUGUGUGGCGUAUGCAGCCGGGCUCCCGUCCUGUGUCUUUGGUGCUGGCAUCCCACAACCAUGUGUUCCACCAACCAUCCAAACUGGGUGACCUUUGAGGAUGAGGAGGCGGCACGCUCUCCUUCCCAGAAGCCCCUUCAGUCUCCCACUGCCAGCUUGGGGUCAGUUCCCAGGCCCAAUGGGCUCAGACUGAUUCUGCCUUCUCUGAGCGGCUCCUCCUGGGGUUCUCCCAGUCCACUGGACUCACCACAAAUGCACUUUAGCUACGACGGCGGCUCCUGCGUGCCCAGCAACACCCCCUUGUGCACGCCCGUAAGGGAGAUGCCCACCAGCUUUUCCUUCUUCCAAUGUGCCCCCCCAGGAGAUCAGAGUGCUGCCCCAAGCUUCUCCAAUGCGUCCACAGCCACUCUGCCCUCGCCAGCCCCAGAGCAGCACACGCCUCAGUCCACAGGGAACUCGUCCGAGGGGUGGAACCCAUUUCUGGCAUCCCGGGAUGACCGGGACCACUUCAGUCCAUUCUGGAGCGAGGGGAAUGCCGAGUCUGGGGGCUCCUCCUCAGACUCAGACUCGGGGUCCAGCCUACCCCGCUUCUUUAUCAGGACCAAGGAUGGUUACGGGCCGCCGCCGGACCACAUCCAGAACUCCUACUCCUACAUCUGCCAAAAGCUCGAGCGGUUACGUGCCGAGGGUGAGGAUGGUAAGGAAGCAGGCAGAGAGGGAGAUGAGGGAGAACAUAUGGAGAGACUAAGAGCUGAGGAGGUAGAGGGAAAUCCCAGCUUUGUCCCGCAGGGACUGUUCCGCAGCCAGCAGAGACAUGGCUGGCCCAUGAUGCUCCGUAUUCCUGAGCGGAAAAACCGCAUGUCCUCCCGGCAGUGGGGGCCGAUUUACCUACAGCUGCUGCCUGGGGGGGUGCUGCAAAUGUACUAUGAAAAAGGUCUAGAGAAGCCCUUCAAGGAGCUCCAGCUACACUCCCACUGCCAGUUAUCCCUCCCCAAGCUGGAGGGCUACCAUGAGCCACGUAAGAUCUACACAGUGAAGCUGGAACACAUAUGCUACACUGAGCGCCGGCGCUACCACCCCCGGCCGGAAGUGACGCAUGAGGCAGAGGCGGAGCAGCUGCUGAAGUUUGGCACCACCGAGCACGGGGAUAUGGAGGACCUGGUGGCGUCUGUGGAGGAGGAGCUGAUGAAGUUGCCCGCGCUUGCCCAGACUCGUCGGCACUACGAGGAGCAGGAGAUGUCGCUGAGGAUCGUCGACCACCUCUGGGUUAGGCUGGACAAGGACGGGAACCUGCUGGAGCGGUCGGCUGUCAGCCACAUUUACUGCCUCGCCUUCCUGAAUGGGGCUGGAGAAUGUUUCAUGGCGCUAAAUGACCAACAACUGCUUCACAGGAACCCUGAGUACGGCUCAGAGAAGGAGGGUGAGGAGGAAGGCUUGUGGAUGGAGAUCACAGACUGCUACUUCCAUGCCUGUGUCAACAAAGCGGAGUUCCAGAAGUCCCGGCUGGUGAAGUUCUCACCACCGGAUGCCUGCAGCGUGGAGCUGAUGCGAUAUAAGACCGUGUCUAUUGGUUCUGGAGAACCACCCUUCUCUGUCAAGGCCGUGGUCACUGUGCAAGGCGCCUAUGUGGAGCUCCAGGCCUUCCUCACCAUGACGCCCUCCUUCAUCUCCUCAUCCGAGAGCAACCUCGACUUGUCGCUGCCUUGUGAGAAUAUUCUUCUUCGGGUCCCAGUGCCGGAAGAUUGGGUGAAGGUGUCGCGCACGGUUGCCCUACUGAGGCAGAAGUACCUAAAGGCCCGAAUGAACCGCAACGCUUGCCUGGGAUCCAUCAAUGCUGCAGACACCCAACCUGUCAUGCAGGUGUCCGUGGGGACCGUCAAGUACGAGAAUGUGUACCGUGCCAUCGUGUGGAGAAUCGACAGGCUACCCGCGAAGAACACUGCGAUGGACCAGCCACAUUCCUUCUCCUGCAAGCUUGAGCUGGGUUCGGAUCAGGAGAUCCCAAAUGACUGGUACCCGUUUGUCACCGUGGAGUUCGAGCUGGCAGACACCUUGGUGUCCCGCACAAGGGUGAAGUCGCUUGGCACGGAGAGUGACAUCCAGCCGCAGAAGCACAUAGGGACGAAGGCGUAUUACCACUGUCAGGUGGAGAUUGAAAAGAAGUGGAUAGAGACAGAAUCUCAGAGGCAAUCUGACUGCACGAUACAGUGAUCUUCCUCAGCGUCCCGACAAAAUAAAAGAACCCUUUCCCCUCCUUAAGAAAUGCACCCUGGACACCUUGCUGAAUAUUCUUUGCACCAAACAAAGACAAAAAAGAAGAAUUUGUCAGAAGAGAAUGUAUUUGGAAGAGCCGAUAUGAAUUUCCGAACUGAUGUUCUUGUGUACUUUCAGUAUACUGUGUGCUAUUUAACUCGUGUCACAUUUACAUUCCAAUAUACACAUUUUUUUGUUGUUUUUAUAACAAUUUAGUUAAACUACACUGACGGGAUAUUCCUCUGAGUUGUGUGAUCCGAUAAAACUGGGAAUCAAGAGCACAUGACAUUUAAAUAACCUUACUGCAAUUUCUCCUGCUUGCUGGGGGCAAAACAGAGGAGUUGCCCUUUUGUAAGAUAGAGAAAAUGUCCCCUUUUUAGCAAAAUGAUAGAUAUACUCACAGCAGCAUUUCGUUUCUUCCCAGGAAUACUGCACACAGCCAGGCUUCCUCCAAAACUGCAAUAAAUUGCACUCUUAUAUUGUAUUGGUACUAGUUAAGCUUAAUGUCCUGAUUGCAGUUUUAGAGUAUGUAAUGCAGUGGCCAGAGCACUGCAUUCGGGUUAUGAGGAUGUGGAUUUAAGUCUUUGGUGAGAAUACUGCUGUUUCUUGAGUUCGUUUCAAAACUCAAGUAAAAAAAUAUAUAUAUACAAAUGAUUUAGGAAUGUUUAAAGAAAGUAUCUAUGAGCUGCAUCACUAAAUGGUGAAGCAGAAAGAACCGGAAAUAUGUAACAAUUUAAAAACAAUUGUGGGUGCAGUUCCCUCAAGUUAAAAAGUCAAUCGUACGUGCUUGAUGCCUUAGAUUCAGUCAUCUAACUGUUGUAGAUGAGUGAACCUAACUUGACUUGUAGUAGUAACUGCGACGGGAUUCUGGUCCUUCUUUCUACACAACGCAUAGUUAACAAAGCUCUUACAAGGACACGACGAAGGCGCAUGUCCUCUAACAUCUACUCUGCAUUCACCGAGUCACGGGUGUAUUAACUUUGGCAUGCACGACAAACAACCAGCUCCGCCGUUAAUAUGGGAUAGAGAAAGCCGUGGUACAACGCAGCGGAAGGAGCAUGACAGAAGCUGAAAAGUGGGGUUUUGUUUUGUCCUGUAGCCGCAAUACUGCAAUAAAACAAAAUACCGAUUUACUAUAAAA